ACCUGGCUCCUGAUUAGAGGACGUUCCUUUAAAUGUCUCACCAAAUCUCACAGACUGAAGCUGGGCUGUCACUGCUAUCAAUGAACUCUGAGCCACCAUGGGAAUGCUUUCAUUGUACCAAAAGUACUUGACAGAAGAUGUCAGUCACAUGAUUUGAGAUAAUAUACAACAUUGAAAUUAAACCUGAUAAGUUUUCCUUUUAAAACCGUCUUCCUCUCUAAAAGAAAGCCACAGUUAAAUUUUAAAAGAUUGUGAUAUUUCUGUGUGGCUGCUCAACAAUGUAGAGGUGACGAGGCUUCACAGUUGUUAGGGGUUUUUUGACAGCUGUGUGAGAGUUCCACUUUGGCCAACCUGAAUUCUUCAUGGUUGGGCUGGUGGGCUAUAUUUAGGAGGGCACGGUUAUAUUGAAGCGCCUACAGACCUGUGCUCCUGUAGUUUGCUGUCUUCAGCCUUCCUGUCUGAAGAGAAUGGACACCCAAGGGCUUAGAGAGGACCUCCGUCUGUUUCAGAGCACUCUGUUGCAGGAUGGACUCAAAGAGCUGCUGAAUGAGAAUAAGCUGAUUGACUGUGUCCUAAAGGUUGGGGACAGAAGCAUCCCCAGCCACCGGCUCAUCCUGGCAGCAUGCAGCCCAUAUUUCCGGGAACUUUUCUUCUCUGUGGAUGGCAAGGAAGAGGACAGAAAGGAGGUUGUUUUGGAGAACCUUGAUCCUAAUGUUAUGGAGGUGAUUGUGAAUUACCUGUACUCGGCUGAGAUCGACAUCAACGACAACAACGUCCAGGACAUCUUUACUGUUGCAAAUCGCUUCCAGAUCCCCUCAGUGUUCACGGUUUGCGUGAACUAUCUGCAGAAGAGUCUCACCAAGAAGAGUUGCCUUGCCAUCUACAGGCUGGGACUGGUGCUCAACUGCGCCAGGCUGGCCAUGGCAGCAAGAGAUUACAUCGCCGAUCGCUUCGAGACCAUAGCCAAAGAUGAGGAUUUCUUAGAUCUCGCCCCACCUGAGAUCUUUGCCAUCAUUGGCACUGAUGCGUUGAAUGUUGAAAAAGAAGAAGCUGUGUUUGAGGCUCUCAUGAGGUGGAUCAGAAAGGAUAAAAAAAAGCGAGCAAAAUCCUUGGAUGAGGCUUUUGAGUACAUUCGCUUCCGUCUACUUCCAGAGAAGUACUUCAAGGAAAAAGUGGAGAAAGAUGAGCUGAUCAAGGCUGACCCAGAGCUCCUCAAAAAGAUCAAAGUCAUAAAGGAAGCAUUUGCAGGGAAACUGCCCGAGAAAAAAAAGGGUUCAGGUGAUGCUGAGGGAGAUGAGGGGACGCUGCCAGGUUACCUGAACAACAAUCGCAGGUAUGGCAUGCACGCUAAAGACGUGAUCGUCAUGAUUAACGACACUGCUGCUGUGGCCUACGACGGCCAAGAGAACGAGUGCUUUCUUGCUGCAAUGUCUGAACGAAUUCCCCGAAACCAUGUCAGCCUCACAACAAAGAAGAACAACCUGUACGUGCUAGGAGGACUGUUUGUAGACGAGGAGAAUAAAGAAAAUCCACUGCAGUGUUACUUCUACCAGCUGGACAGCCUUGCUGCUGAAUGGCUAGCCCUGCCACCAAUGCCGUCCCCCAGGUGUCUCUUCGCAAUGGGGGAAUUUGAAAACCUAAUAUUUGCUGUGGCGGGAAAAGACUUGCAGUCCAACGAGUCCCAUGACACCGUUAUGUGCUACGAUGCUGAAAAAAUGAAGUGGACAGAAACAAAGAAGCUGCCUGUGAAAAUCCACGGCCACUGCGUGGUCUCUGAGAAUGGCUUGGUGUAUUGCCUGGGAGGAAAAACCGAUGAAAAUAAAGCAACCAAUAAGAUGUUUGCAUACAACCACAAGAAGUCAGAGUGGAAGGAGGUUGCUUCCAUGAAGACUCCUAGAUCCAUGUUCGGAGCAGUUAUCCACAAGGGGAAGCUCAUCGUUGCUGGGGGAGUCAAUGAAGACGGACUGACGGCAGUGUGCGAAGCCUAUGACUUUGGGACCAACAAGUGGUCGCCUUUCACAGAGUUUCCCCAGGAGAGGAGUUCAAUCAACCUGGUGAGCUGUGGAGGGCUGCUGUACGCCGUGGGAGGCUUUGCCAUGGUAGAGAACGAGAACAAGGAGUGUGCACCAACUGAAGUCAUUGACAUUUGGCAGUAUGAAGAGGACUCCAAACAGUGGAGCGGCAUGAUCAGAGAAAUACGUUACGCAGCUGGAGCCUCGUGUGUCUCCAUGCGCUUGAAUGCAGCCAGAAUGCCCAAACUGUAACACGGGACUGUUGUGCUAUUAUUGUGUGUCGUGAUCAUUUUAUUUACAAGCUCCUAGCAGAGGAUGGUUUUUGUAGCCUUAACAAUCAGAUAAUUUUACUAUCCAUACUGACUUUUAGUUUGAUUAAAAUGUUGAAAUAUUUUCUCAUGUUAUGCAGUUAGGGAACUUCUUAUUGUUGUGAAAGCUUUUUUCAAUCUUUUAUAAAAAAAAAAAAAAACAAAAAAAACAUAGAACUUAGAUUAAAUAAACAGAUUUAAGUUUAAUAGUUAUUGAAAUAAAGUUUAUAUAUUCGAGACAAAUCUCUGAGUUUCCUGACUGACUUUAAAAUCAAACCUUUCAAGCUGCUUUUCUACAUAAAAAUUAAUGGGUUUUUUAAAAAUGUUUUAUUAACGUAUUUGUUAAAAUUAUCAUUAUGUUGAGUGCGGUGGUAGAGCGCGCGACCCGUGUAUGGAGACCUCCGUUCCUUGACAUGGUCGCCACGGGUUCGAGUCUCGGCCUUUUGCCGCACGUCUGUAACCUCUCUCACAUCCCUCCUACUUGUCAAUCUACUAUAAAAUAAAAGCCACUAGAGCUUUUACUACGUCGUGACAAUAUAAUAUGAGACA